CUAUUGAAAAAAAUAUAGGGUUUAAUGGUUCUUUGAUUCUACUUUCUUUCUCACAGAAUUGUAAACUUCAAGAAAAAGAAAAAAAGAGAAGCAAAACCGAUGGGAACUCCAGAGACUAACAGAGAGCCAUGCCCCGACCGUAUCUUAGAUGAUAUCGGCGGUGCGUUCGGCAUGGGUGUAGCCGGAGGAUCCGUCUUUCACUUUAUCAGAGGAAUCUACAAAUCUCCCGCCGGCGCUCGUCUCUCCGGCGGCGCACAGUACGUGCGUAUGAACGUUCCUAAAGUCGGAGGAAGCUUCGCCGUGUGGGGUGGUCUGUUCUCGACCAUGGACUGCGCCAUGGUGUACGCUAGACAGAAGGAAGAUCCGUGGAACUCGAUCAUUGCCGGCGCCGCCACCGGAGGUCUUUUAUCGCUGCGCCAGGGCUUCCGCGCGACUGGUAAGGCGGCUUUGUUCGGAGGUGCGAUUUUAGCUCUCAUACAAGGAGUCCAGAUGACUGCGGAGAAACUCGCGAGUGCUGCGCAGCACAAUCAGGCUAUGAUGGUGGAUGAUGCGGCCUCGUUCCCACCACCAGGUCAGGUUUAUGGACAGUCCGUGCCGGAAACUUCUUCACCUGCUGCUUCGGAGGCAGGUUCGGGAUCUUGGUUUGGAGGUUUGUUUGGGAAAGGGAAGAAGAAGGAGUCUGAGGGUGAGUCAGGGAGCAAAACUCGAGUUCUGGAGAGCUUUGAUGCGCCUCCUGUCCCAACUUACGAGUUUAACUAAACUGUCUGGAUUUGUUUUUCAUUUAUUUUACUAAGUUUUAGAGCUCUAAUAAUUAGUUUCUAUGAUUAUUGUUCUGCAAAAAACUCUCGGUAAAGUUUUAUUAUCUCUUUA